UUUUUUUUUUUAAAUUAGAAAAUGAAUUCUAAAAAAAAUUUUCGUUCGUCUGAAGAAAAUAUACGAAUUUCGGAGGAGGAACGAGAACGUUUUCUUGUACCAUCAAGUCCAGAUAAUAUUAUUACUAAAAGGAAUUCUUUUUCGGAUGAUGAUGAUAAUGCGGAUAUUAUAAUACGUGAAGAAAAUGAUGAUAUUGAUUCUAAUUUAUUGGCAGAUAUUGAAAUUGUAAAAGAUCAAUACGAAGAAUUGGAUAAUAUUAUUUCAAGCAUCGGAAUGGGAAAUUUUCAAAAACGAUUAUUGGUACUUUGUGGAUUUGGUUGGUUAUCAGAUGCUUUGUGGAUGAUGUGCGUAGCAAUAAUAUUACCUCGAGUUCAAGUUCACUUUCAAGUACCAAAUUCAAUUAUUGGAUUACUUUCAAGUUCACAAUAUUUUGGAAUGAUGUUUGGAGCCGUGUUUUGGGGAAUAAUUUCAGAUACAUAUGGACGCAAACAGGCGUUCAGCUGGACACUAGGAUUGUCCGUAUUUUUUGGUUAUAUUGCAAGUCUUUCUCAAAGCUUUGAACAAUUAUGUUUUCUAUUUUUCAUGUUAGGAUUUGGUGUUGGAGGAAAUUUACCAGUAGAUGGAGCGAUAUUUUUGGAAUUUGUACCAAAAGAGAAUCAAUAUCUUCUUACUUUGUUAUCAGUUUUCUUUGAAUUUGGAGCUGCAUUCACAGCUUUAGUUGGAUAUUUAAUUUUACCUUCAUAUAGUUGUUUUAAAGAAGGUUGUGAUGUUUAUAAAGAAAAUAAUGGUUGGAGAUACGUAAUAAUGAUUCUUGGAACUUGCACGUUAAUUAUGUUGAUCAUCAGAAUUCUUUUCUUUAGACUUUUAGAAUCACCUAAAUUUUUAUUAUCACAUAAUCGAAAACAAGAAGCAAUUUUUGUAUUUCAAGAAAUUGCAAGAAUUAAUGGAAAUGAAAUUGAAAUUCAUCUUGAUAAUUUAUCAUCACCUAAACAUUCAAACGUAUCACCAGAAUCAAAUAGAAAUUUCAAUAAAUCUAGCAUUCUUUCAACACAAAAAUUUAGUUCAUUAUUUAAUGAUUUGAAAUAUUUAUUUAAGAAGCAAUGGAUAACAACAACAAUGAUUGUAUGGAGUAUGUGGGGAGUAAUAUCAUUUGGAAGUGUAAUGUUUAAUCUUUAUCUUCCUAAAUAUCUUGAAACUGUGAGUAAAGAAGAAAAUAAAGAACAUAGUGAAGGUGGCGAAGCUAUUAGGAAAGGGUUGAAGGGUUUUAUGAUUUUUUCAAUAUGGGGAGCUCCGGGUGCUAUAAUUGCAUCAUAUUUAAUUGAAACGAUUUUAGGUAGAAAAGGUGCAAUGAUUAUAGCGGCAACCGGAGUUUCUUUAUCAACAUUUUUAUUUGCGAAUUUUCAUCAUCAUUAUAGUGUAGUUCUAUUUUCAAUGAUUAUUGGUAUUUUAAAAUCUGUUAAUUGGUCCGUAAUUUAUUGUUAUACUCCUGAAGUUUUUGAGACUAAAAUAAGGGGAACUGCUUGUGGAAUCUCUUCUGUUUUUGCUAGAAUUACCGGUAUGAUUUCGCCUAUUAUUACCGGAACUUUAAUUUCUCUGAGUGUUUCUGCACCAUUAUAUGUAACCUCAUUUGUUUUUGGUAUAUUGGCAAUUUUAGUAUUUAUGUUACCAAUAGAAACAAGAGGAAGGCAGGCAUAACGUUUAUUUGUUUAUAAUAAUGAAAAUUUUAUAGAGAUUGUUAUUAAUUAAAGCUAUAGAUUCUUUUUUUUUACGUCGAUAGAUCGAAAAAAAAAAGAUUUACUUAUAUAAUAUAAUCCUUAAUCAACUCAACGAGAUGAUUUACUUGUAUACAUAAAAAUGAUACAUUUAAUUACACAAAUUAGGAAAGGAUUUUUUUUUUUAAAAAAAAAAA